AUGAUCAUACCGAAUGUCUUCGCGAAUAGAAGCGGGCUGCUUCAUUCGGGAUUGGCGGCUUCCUUCCACCUCAACUUCACGGAACCUUGCCAGACCACGGGUACCUUUCUACGCUUCAGAGGGAAUAACUUAUCGUGCGAAGAGGACGGUGGCAACAUGUCGGUGGAAUUGUUCCUGGACCGCAAGGACGCCGAAGUGAACGCGCCUACAUUCGACGAAGUGGUCAUGGUGAAAACAGUGGUGUUGGCAACGAUGUUUGUGAUUUCAUUUAUUGGCAACGUUGCCACAGUGGUGCAGAUGUUCCGCGUUAAAAGACGAUCGACGAUCAACAAGUUGAAACUGCAGCUGGCCGCCGCGGACCUCAUCGUGACUUUCUUCUGUAUAUUGGUGGAAGCGAUCUGGGCCUCCACUGUGCAGUGGAAGGCGGGGAACGCCAUGUGUAAGAUCGUGAAAUACAUGCAGAUAUUUGGACUGUAUCUGUCCACAUACAUUACUGUGAUCAUAAGUUUGGACCGUUGUUGUGCUAUUCUGGAUCCCAUGAGCAGAACCAAGUCUCCCAGACGAGUUCGAAUGAUGAUCAUCGUCUCCUGGGUUCUCAGUGCCUUUUUCAGCCUUCCUCAGGCAGUUAUAUUCCAUGUCAAAAGGGGACCGUUUAAACAGGAGUUUUACCAGUGUGUCACCCACGGGUCAUAUACUCACCACUGGCAGGAACAACUCUACUCUGCGCUCUCUCUGUUGUUUAUGUUCAUCAUUCCAUUGACAAUUAUGGUUGUGUCCUACGGACUUAUAUUUUGCACGAUUGCCCGAAAGUCCAGAAAUUACAAUGAUGCCGACGUGUCUCCAAUUUCUGACAUGCUUCGAGGACACGUUCGGAGUCAGUUGCUGAGGAAAGCAAAGAAAAAGUCCUUACGUAUCACAUUCGUUAUCGUAUUGGCCUUUAUUGUCUGUUGGACGCCGUAUUACGUCAUAUUUAUUGGCUUUACCUACUUUAACCUGCGGAAGAUCGACCCACGAAUAUUUCUGUGUUUUUUCUUUGUUGGAAUGUCCAACUCCAUGCUGAAUCCGCUCAUCUAUGGAGCCUUCCACAUAUGCAAGGUGCAUAACUCCAGGUUAGUUAGGGAGGCGAUUCUACUGGAAUUUGUAUCGAUGUACUACGAUAAUGUUAAACUUUAA